UCUGUCAUUGCAGUUUGUUCGCUCGGCGUGGCGUGUUGUACUUACCCGUACCGUCGUACCCCGUGUGUGUUCCUGCGCUCCGAAACCCGUUUUCGAGGAGCAGCCGCGGCAGCAGCAAAUUUCUCGUUUCUAGUUUGUUCGAUUGAGUUUUUGCGCGCUCCGAUAUGAUGACGGCGAUUAAAAUUUGGUGGCGUUGAAAUUUUUCGAUUGUUCGUUUUUUUUUGGUGUGUUAUCUCGCGCGAACGCCUACUGCGAUCGGGGAUUUUGGUGGGAGUGUGUUUGUGUACUUAUCGUAGCGUUGGACGAAAAGGGAUUGUGUGUGCCGUGCGCUGCCUUCUCAAACACACAAACACACACGCACGAGCCGUGCGUGCGUGCGUGCAUGCAUGCAGAUUUUUUUGGGGGGCCAGAAAUUUGCAUUUGAGUGAACAGAAGAACCUCCGUGCGCUGGCGGAAAACCCAAAGCAGAAAAACGCGAACCGAAAAGAAAAGUGUCUGUGUCUGUGCUCGAAUUCGAGGAAAAUUAUGUAAUAAGUUGUUAUAUUUUCACUCUCCCAACCGACCACACUCUUCGACAGAGCGCGCCGACGACGACGACGACGACGACUACGUCCAUCGCCGGAGAUUGCUCCGGGUCUCCUCUCCUGGUGAUCCGCGUGCGCGUGUUUGCUGGCUCGAAUGGCUCCGUCCAUUUGACAGAGGACCACUCGCGUGACACAGCGCGCCGGAAAGCAGCAGCGCGACGGCGGCGUCCAAUGAAGCGGCCGGAAACCUGGACCGCACCGGAACAACCCACGACGGAGCUGUAACCACGGAACACGACGAAUUUACGCUCAGAGCGGUUCUUGCCGCGCGCGCGAGAGUGGGAGAAAGUUUUGUGUGGAAGAAAAACUCGGAGUCGGAGAGAGCGCGCGCUGGUGGAAAAGUACGACAGUGUGUGUUGAGUGUGUGGAAAAAUCGACCGCGAGGAAAAACAGGACCAGCAUCUCGGUGCUCUCGAAUGGAUUAGAACAAUUUGACGGAGGUCGCGCAAAUCCCGAACCAGCCAGGUCAGCGAAUACUAAAAAGAUAAAAAUCGACCGACCGAGUGAGGCGCUUUGAAGACCUCGACGACCGCUGGCAGCCAGCUGCUGCACCAAAAGGAGCCUGUGGAAAUCGAAACAAUCAAAAAAUCGAUCCAAUUCCGUGAAACGAAGAAAAGAAAAGUGAAAAAAAUGGUGUCGUUGUAGUGUGCAAGCCGGGGAACAACUGACUGACCAAGGGUUAAAAAAGUGCGUGCGUGUGCGUUGUGUAAACUACUCCCCUCCCCAAACCCUCUUACCGUUCCCCCUCCUGCGGAAGGGGGCACUUCAGGAAUCGAUCUUACGGACAACCGGCCAGCAAUCGAGGAUGGCGGUCAGUUAAGAACCAGCGCGCGCGUGUGAGUGUGUGUGUGUGUGGGACGACGACGACGACGUGUGGGUCAAGGUCGAUCCACUCCCCCGCGGGAAACGCCGCGACGACGACCGGAAGGAGCUCCUCUACACAACUUGACAACACUCGAUGAUAACUAGAGUUAUUAGCUACUACUGUUAACUACCUACCAGUUACGCGGCGCGCUACGAUAGACAGAAAGAGCGAGGAGUUUUGAGUAGUUUAAGGAAUUCGCAAACUAAGUAACAAGAAAACACACACACAUCCCCCCUGCUUUAAGAGAGAGAGAGAGAGAGUAAUUUGUAAGUUAAUUCGAGCUAAGCAAAAACAAGUACCAACAACAACAACAAAACGAUGGCGACGAUAGACGGACGGCCGGCGCAGUACGGCAUCACGCUGAAGAAUCUGCGCGAGAUCAUGGAGAAUCGGGGCCGCGAAGGGGUGGCGAUGGUGACCGAGUACGGCGGUGUGCACGAGAUUUGCCGGAAGUUGUACACGUCGGAGAACGAGGGCCUGAGCGGAUCGAAGGCGGACAUUGAGCACCGGCGGGAAACGUUCGGCUCGAACAUCAUCCCUCCGAAGCCCCCGAAGGCGUUCCUGACGUUGGUGUGGGAGGCGCUGCAGGACGUGACGUUGAUCAUUCUGGAGAUUGCGGCCAUCAUCUCGCUGCUGUUGUCGUUCUACCAGCCUGCAGACGAGGAUGAGGAGGGACUGGGCGAGGAGGAGGAAGAGCAUUACGCGUGGAUCGAGGGAUUGGCCAUUCUGGUGUCGGUGUUUGUGGUCGUGAUCGUGACGGCCUUCAACGAUUACUCCAAGGAGAAGCAGUUCCGAGGGUUGCAGUCGCGGAUCGAGGGCGAGCACAAGUUUUCGGUGAUUCGUGGCGGUGAUGCCGUCCAGGUCAACAUCGGGGACAUCGUGGUCGGUGACAUCUGCCAGAUCAAGUACGGCGAUUUGCUGCCUGCGGAUGGAAUUUUGAUUGCGAGCAAUGACCUCAAGAUUGACGAGUCUUCGCUGACGGGCGAGUCGGACCACGUGAAAAAGAGCGAAUCGACGGACCCGAUGGUGCUGUCCGGAACGCACGUCAUGGAGGGUAGCGGCAAAAUGAUCGUGACGGCCGUCGGAGUCAACUCGCAGGCCGGUAUCAUCUUCACGCUGCUGGGAGCCGCUGUGGACGAGCACGAAGCGGCGGCCAAGGCCCAGAAGAAGGAAGCCAAGAAGAGCAAGAAGCCGAAGGACGGAGACGAGAUCACCAACAACAGCCACCAUCCGGGACUCAAGUCGCAAACGACGGUCGACUCGAUCACUUCGGACGAUGGCGAGGAAGGUAAGGCUGCCGGUGGCCACGGAGGUGCCAAGGAAAAGUCCGUACUCCAAGCGAAGCUGACCAAACUGGCAAUCCAAAUCGGAUACGCCGGAUCGACGAUCGCCGUCCUGACCGUGAUCAUCCUCAUCAUCCAGUUCUGCAUUCAGACGUUCGUUAUCGAGCAGAGACAUUGGAAGAACUCGUACGCAAACAACCUGGUGAAGCACUUUAUCAUCGGUGUGACCGUGCUGGUCGUGGCCGUUCCGGAAGGUCUCCCCCUCGCCGUCACCCUGUCGCUCGCCUACUCCGUCAAGAAGAUGAUGAAGGACAACAACCUGGUGCGUCAUUUGGACGCGUGCGAAACCAUGGGAAAUGCCACCGCCAUCUGCUCGGACAAGACCGGCACGCUGACCACCAACCGGAUGACCGUCGUGCAGUCGUACAUCUGCGAAAAGCUCUGCAAAGUGACGCCCAAGUUCUCGGACAUUCCGCGAGUGGUAGGCGAAGCGGUCAUCGAAGGAAUCGCGCUGAACUCGGCCUACACGACGUGUCUGAUGCCGGGCACGAACCCGGGCGAUCCGCUCCAGCAGGUCGGCAACAAGACGGAAUGUGCGCUGCUCGGAUUUGUGCAGGGCGUUGGCAAGAGCUACCAAUCCAUCCGGGACCAACAUCCGGAGAACUCGUUCACCCGUGUGUACACCUUCAAUUCGGUGCGCAAAUCGAUGAGUACGGUGAUUCCGCGACCGGGUGGUGGCUACCGAGUGUACUGCAAGGGAGCUUCGGAAAUCGUGCUGAAGAAGUGUUCGUUCAUCUACGGUCAGGAUGGGGUUUUGGAGAAGUUUACCCGCGACAUGCAGGAGCGGCUUCUGCACCAGGUGAUCGAACCGAUGGCUUGCGACGGACUGCGCACGAUCUCGAUCGCGUACCGGGAGUUUGUUCCGGGCAAGGCCGAAAUCAACCAGGUUCACUGCGACGGCGAACCCAACUGGGACGACGAGGAGAACAUCGUAAGCAACCUGACCUGUCUGUGCGUCGUGGGUAUCGAAGAUCCGGUCCGGCCGGAGGUUCCGGACGCCAUCCGCAAGUGUCAACGGGCAGGAAUUACGGUGCGCAUGGUCACCGGCGAUAACAUCAACACGGCCCGGUCGAUCGCCACCAAGUGUGGCAUCAUCCGGCCGCAGGACGACUUCCUGAUCCUGGAGGGUAAGGAGUUCAAUCGACGCAUCCGCGACAGCAACGGGGACAUCCAGCAGCACCUGCUGGACAAGGUCUGGCCGAAGCUGCGAGUAUUGGCGCGUUCAUCCCCCACGGACAAGUACAACCUGGUCAAGGGCAUCAUCGACAGUGCGGUGUCGGACAAUCGCGAGGUUGUGGCCGUCACCGGCGACGGAACCAACGACGGACCAGCCCUGAAGAAGGCCGACGUCGGCUUUGCGAUGGGCAUUGCCGGCACAGACGUGGCCAAGGAAGCUUCCGACAUUAUUCUAACCGAUGACAAUUUCAGCAGUAUCGUCAAGGCCGUCAUGUGGGGCCGCAACGUGUACGAUUCGAUUGCCAAGUUUUUGCAGUUCCAGCUGACGGUGAACGUGGUGGCGGUCAUUGUGGCGUUCAUCGGAGCGUGCGCCGUCCAGGACUCACCGCUGAAGGCCGUGCAGAUGCUGUGGAUGAACCUGAUUAUGGAUACCUUGGCUUCGCUUGCAUUGGCCACCGAAAUGCCCACGCCGGAUCUGCUGCUGCGUAAGCCGUACGGCCGAACGAAACCACUGAUUUCACGCACAAUGAUGAAGAACAUCCUCGGCCAAGCACUCUACCAACUGUUUAUCGUGUUUGGCCUGCUGUUCGUGGGCGACCGACUGCUGGACAUCGAGUCCGGCCGGGGCCAACCACUCAAUUCCGAAGCGACCCAGCACUUUACCAUCAUCUUCAACGUGUUCGUCUUUAUGACGCUGUUCAACGAGCUGAACGCUCGCAAGAUCCACGGCCAGCGGAACAUUUUCGAGGGCCUGUUCACAAACCCGAUCUUUUACAGCAUCUGGAUCAUUACGCUCGUGUCGCAAAUCUUCAUCAUCCAGUUCGGCAAGGUGGCCUUCUCCACCAAAGCACUCAACGUCGAACAGUGGCUGUGGAGUGUGUUCUUCGGCCUUGGCACGCUUAUCUGGGGCCAGAUUGUCACGUCGAUCCCGACCCGCAAGAUGCCCAAGAAGAUGGCGUGGGGCCGGGGCGAAGCCGAGUACGCCGAAGCGAUCCGGCUCGGCGAGGAACGCUACGACUCGCUGGACAAUGACAAGAAACCCCGUGCAGGUCAGAUAUUAUGGAUCCGUGGCCUUACUAGGCUGCAGACCCAGCUUCGUGUUGUACGUGCAUUUCGAUCCACAUUAGAAGAUUUAGAAGAACGUCGUUCCAUUCAUAGCUUGCAUAGUCUUAGAAGUUCACGCAGUCAUCCCGGAGGCAUGAGCACGAGUGGUACAAUGACUAGUCAAGGUCUCUCAAAUCUCUUAUAUCCACCAGGUUCCAACAUCCCAACCGGCCGGCUAAUAGGUACUAAUGUUGGCGAUCUUAAGUAUAUUGAUGAAGAUCAAAGACUUCAUAAUAAUCAGCAUAUUAUAGAGAAAUUCGCGGUUUGGACAAAAUCGACAACAGUAUAAAUUCCUUUACGUGAUUGUGCAAAAGGGAUGAACAGAAAACAGAGAGAGAAAAAGAAAGAGAGAGACGAUAGAUCUCGCGCGUUUCAGUUUGAUCUUUUUUGUUGCUAGUUUCUAAAUGCGACGGUUUUUUUAAAGAGAGAUGAAGAAGAACACAAGAAGAAGAGAGCAAUACAGAUUUUGUGAAGAACGUUAGGUCACAGUCGCAACAGAACAGCUAAAAAAGUGAAGAAGUUAGCAUUAUUAAGCUACACACUAUAAAAGAGAAAAGAAAGAGAAACACGAAAAAAUAGCAUGCAUUUCGUUUUUUAACAUUUUUUUUAAACUUCUUAAAUUAAAAUUUUCGCAAUCUUAAAGAGAGAAUGCUGCGCUGUUAGGGGCAGAGUAGGCCACGCGUUUAGAGAAUCAAAAGUAAAAAAUACAAAGGAACCAAGUAAAACAGUUCAAAUAGUGACGCGGCAUGCUGUGCGUCUCUGAAGAAGAUUUCUUUAAUCAAGUUUGCUGGUUUAGCGAUUCAAAAAAAUGUUUCAAACACACACACACAGUGAAAAGGAAAUAACAAAAUGAGUAUUAUGUUUGAGCAGAACAAAAUAAAAAGAGCAAGCAAGCUACCGUAAGAGAGAAAGAAAAAAGUUGAAAGAGUUGACGAAACGCGCACUCCACAUUGACACAUCACCAUGACAGUUACAUUAAAGGAAAACAAUCACAACAAUUCACUGUUUGACACUCACUCACAUGGAACUCAUUCGUUGCGUUGAAAGUCACUCACAUACACUCACACGAGACACACAAUUACAUUACAUCGUUUUCACACAAUAAUGGAAAGCACGUAAGGAAAAUUGCAGUAAUCUUUAAGUAAACUUAAUCUACACCAGAAAACAGUGGAUGAACUUUGCAAUCGUAAUUCGGAAAGUUUCAGGGUACUGUUUGUUCUUAAUUUUGUAUAAAAAAAAGCAUUGAUUAUACACAUAUAUAUUAGACAAAUGAUAAUAGUUCAAUCAUAAGUUAAUGAAUACGAUGUAAAAUACGACAGUUUUUCUUUUAAAAAUUUAUAAAACUAAAAAGUUAAGCAAGUUUAAGGGCGUUGUAAUUGGCGACAAAUUGCCGAGGCAUUUAUCGUUUAACUUGUACCAGACAGCUUUAGUUAGUCUAUUUUGCGAGCAUCAAAACAAAGGAAAGAAUCCUUCUCUCUGUCCCCACCCCCCUCCUUCCAUGUAUACCCCCCUCUCCCUUACUUUACUUUAAACGAAAAAAGUAAGAAGAACCAUUGAAGUUGAAUAAUGAAAAAAUCGUAUAUAGUGAAGAUAAAAACAACAAAAAAGAACACAAUGUUUAAAGUACUGUUUUUCUGCCUUAUAGUUAAGAUCGAAAAUGAAGAAAGGUGACAAAGUCUUAAAUCGACCUAUAGUGAAAACAACAAGAAAAAAAAACACAAAACGCAAAAUAAGGUGAAGCACCUUGCAAACCCAAACAAAGCCCCAAAAAAUCCAACAAUUAUGAGCAAUUAAUGAAUAUCAAAAGACAGCUUACCCACUAGAGUCGAGCACGAAGACGCGAAGAGAGCGAAGGAAGUGAACUAAACUAAAACCAAAAAAAACCUAAGUAGCUAAAGAGGCGAUCAAGCGAAAGAGAGUUGACAACCCCCCCUUUGAGGCUGAAGGCCAAACCAAACAGGGCCGUCGACGACGACGACAUCCGUCGGAGUUGAAAGUGUAAUCAAAGCAAACACGGAUGUUUUGCCGCGACUUGAUAAGAGCCAACCCGCUAAGCAAAGUAGGCUAUCGCAUCACUCACACAACAGCACCUGUCAAAACCGGCGCAGGUGGAUCGUAGUAGGCCGCGCGCGAGUAAGCUUUCCGGUAGGACCAGCGAGAGAAACAGAUCUAAUCAACACACACUGAUUUUUAGUAGCUUUUGGCGUGAUGGCUGACCGUGUAGCGCCCAUCGAAGCAGGCCGCGUCACCAUGGCGAUAAAUUGCAAAUUUCGAGUCGAAGCUUUAGGUGCUUUUCCCGCCUGAAAAUUCCCCGUUUCUUCUUGUUCUUCUUUGUCUGCCUACCCCUCAAAAGAAAAUCCCACUCUUCUUCUACCCACACUCACACAAAUGAACACACACACUUGAGACAACAAAAGAUCAUGACGACAAACCCGGAACACUGGAAAAUCCUAAAAGAGAGACUAGUCUUGUUGACCACCGCGCCCAACCGUCACCAUAGUUACUGGACUGAGUGUUGCAACGAAUCGUUGAUGUUGAUUAGAAAAGCGUUGAUUGAUCGUUGUCUUAAACUCGUUGUUGUGCGUGCGUGCGUGCGUGACCUCCUCUAAACGACUGCUAUUAGCUUCCAGGACAUCGUCAAGCGGACCGAGUGGAUUGUAAUGCAACACGAGAUCUGGAUCUGCAACCGGGCGCGCCAAAUCCGGGGAUCGCCCUAGUUCAAGCUUUGUGACAAUCUAGGUAGGUCGUGGUAUGUCAUGACCGCGUGUGGAAGGAAGCACGUGGCAGUUGCGCGGCGCGGUCAAGGUGACAGCUGCGGGUUGCUGCGAUUGCCUCGGGGUGAUAGAUAGAAUCUGGUUCAAAUUACUAACUCUUGAGUUGAUUCUUUCAGCAACUUGGAAGAUUUCUAGCCAGAUGCAGAACCUAACUUUAUUUAUCAGCCAUCACCAAUUUCAGUUCGACAGGAUUUCGGUUUUAAAAGAGAGAGCAGAUUGUCGCUACCGGUGUGGUGCAAAAACGCAGCAGCAUAGAACACUUAAAAUAUAUGACCAAUUGUAUUUAACAAAAAAAAAACAAGUAAAUGAUACACGCACGAGUUGCUAAAAAUAGCAAAAAUGCGAAAAAAAACAAACGACACUUCUUGUAAAAUAAAGAAAAACCUAUACUUAAUGAGUAAAAAGUAAAACACAACCUUAAAUUGUAACGAUGGUCGAGAUAUUUACGCAAUAAUGAACAAAAAAACACACAUUUUUACACUAUGAAUGCAAAAAACAAAACUGCAAAUAAAAACAAGGUAUUUUUACUGUAACAACCGAUUUCCAAAAACGGGCAUGAUUCGCGAAGUAAUUUUUUGCGGAUAGAAACAAGCGCUAGCGAUGAAAUACUUUAAAACAAACAAAAAAACGAGGUGUGGUGCGAGUUAAACUUGCGCGCGAAACCUUUGCAGUAAGAAAACCAAAAUAGUCACAAUCUCGUAAUGACAGCUACAGAGUUAUAGGAAGUAUCAAAUAAGCGAUAAAAAUGAACAAAAAAAAUCGACGAACCUAGCAAAAAAUAAAUAAAACCAGGAAUAAGUUUCGUGUUAUGAAAUAAAGGCAAACCAAGUAAAGAGGAAAUAGGGUUAAAAACCUGUUGAUUUAAGCGCAAACAUAGAAAUCUUAAAGGAGAUAACGUUAAAGCUAAUCCAAUAAAAUCAAUAACAUUAAAGAAAGAGAAAGAAAAUCAGCGACUAAAAGGAAACAAAAGCAGACAUUUAGAAGAACUAUCGAGUUUAGCGCAACUAGUGUGUAAAACCAAAACAAGUAACAAUGAUACGAUGAAAAAUAUGAACCCUUUAGAUUGAGACAAGUUUAAUACUUAGUAGCUAAAAUACACACUCCUACACAAGAAACACAGACACACUCAGAAAACUGAUCGUAAAGUUCGACUCUUUGAAAAAGAUAAUUAAAAAGCACCUGGAUUUCACCGUCGCACCGCCGACAGAUCGUAGUAGGCCUCUUUUUUUCUCUGCACUCUGCGAUUCUGUGAUAAAUUGUCAUUUUGAGUAGCUUUUGAGGUGUUAACAUGGCAACCACCGUUGUGUUGUGUCAGAAACUCUCAGUUCCAAAAACACAUAGAGUUACAUUUCAAAAUAUUGUAGAAUAUUUGCAAAGAUUUGCAGAACAACGUUGGAAGAGAACUGGUUUCUCCUCUCUCAUGCACACGAAAACUCAGUAAAACGAAACUCAACUAAACCUUUUCAAGAUGUUUGAGAGGAGCCGAUUUCAUGAGUACAUUUACAGAAAAAAACGUUACCGCCGCAAAAUUUUCUUUGAAAACAAGGGAAUCAAUGUUGCUAAAAGCGAUAUUGAAGAAAAAAUCGUUUACUGAUUAAUACUAAACAUGCUUUGAAUUUUCGACAAGAGAACCUCAUUGAAGUACGCAACCAAAACUUUCAACAACCUCAGAAAACGUCCAAUCAGUUCAAAUAUAUGUUGUCUAAGCUAAUUUGUAUUUGUAUGUCGUUUGCUGAGGAUGCGUCAAUUGAACUAACAAUGCUGAAAUGAUUUUUCAAAAGUGUUUUUGAAAAAAUCCUGUAGAAAAGGGUCCUAAAGCCUUAUGUAUUUUUUUAUGUACAUCGGUAAAAAUAACAUGAUAAAAAACCAUUUCUGAUCACUUCUUAUCAUUUUAUUGCAAACAAAAAUGACAAGACAACAUUUUACGAUGGAUCAACUAUUGUCCCCUUGGAACAAGUUGUCAAGUAGGAUGCUUUCAGUUAGGAAGGGCCGCGAGGAUAAUUUAAAAAAAAUGAAUUAACAAUCCAUUUGAAAUCCUUUGCCGUUCAAAGGGUCAAAUAAGACAAAUAAGCUGUAUCAUUGUGAAAUCAGCAAUUUAAUCCUAAUUUAGAACCCAGCUGUCCAAAAUUAGUCAAAUUUGGGAAUGGUGAAGCUGAUUUAUGGAAGCAUGAGUAAAAUUUGAAACAUUUGUAGUCCAGUAGCAAGGACAAUUCCAAAUAUUCAUACGAAAGUAAAAACGCAAUGAUUUUUGUGGUAAUUACAAAGUGAUGAGUUUUAUAUUUUAACAAAACUCAAUUUCCUGGUUUGAGUGGAUAUUUCCAAUCAAUCUGUCAAACUUUUAUCUCAGCUUUAAACAAAACUUUUUUGAUUCAAUUUUUUUAGUUUUUAGUAGUUCAAAGUUUUUAGGCCUACUACGACCUGCCCGGCCACCACCAGCCGGAUCAUUUUAUACUGUAUGGGGGAAUGUUCAUCUCCAAGAGUAAAUCUCAGUAGCAGGGCUUGCUUUGAUCCGAUCCCUCCCCGCCUCCCUUGUUGCUCUCGAUUCCCAAAAGAAAAGGGUUUUUACGUUGCUCACCACAAGCACUCUUCCCAUCAACCAAUCAUCAAUCGGUAGGCGAUAAGGCGAGUCAAGAAUUGUUACAAUAAAGAAAAUACCAUUUGUAGUGCAAAAGAGAGUAAAACAAAAUAAAAAGUGGUAAACUUAUUGUAAGUGAGCAACCUACACAUCGUUGGGGAGGGGGUUAUUAAACUAAACCAAGUAAGCAUUUUUAAAGUGAAACUUCAUAAAAUAACGGAACGUCGCGUUUCUGAAGUUUAAAAAAAAGUAACUCAAACACACUCACAGAUACACCCACAUACAACACAUUCUACUGUGCACGUACAUUUAAAGAAGGAAAGAAAAAAAAUACGAAGUAACACCAAAAUAAAAUCCCACACACUUAAGCGAUAAAGUAAACAAAACAAGAAAGGGAGGCAAAUAUGACAUCGUUCGAACACCUUUAUGGACAUUUAUAACUCUAUAGGAACCAAAAAACAAAAUCACAGAUUUCUUCAAAUCAGCAUAUGUGUGUAUAAUACUUACGUCACCUAAGAUGAACCAUCUUGAUAAAAGAGAGGAAAAAACACUAUUUCAUAUAAAAAAUGACACUUCGAAACACAGAAAAAACAAACACACACACACACACACACGUCGGUUUACUAGUAGUUGUUCACAGGCUAGAUAAAAUGAAAUAACAAAAGUAAUAACACAUUAUAAAAACAGGAAACAAAAAAAUCCUCUUCUUCAGCACUAAUAGCGCCUAUCCAAAAAAAAAGUAAACAAAAAUAAAAAUUCACUCACAAAAUCUCCGUUGAAUUUGUUAGAUUUUGCGUUUUUUCCAAGUACGUUUCAUUCGUGGUGAAAUCUUCUUGCUUUGAAUUUGUACGUUUUGCUGAAUAUUAGCCAAAAUAAAGUCAAAGCAUACACGUUUGUUAGGAAAAAUUAAAUUCGCGGGUAAAACACAAGCAAGAAGAAGUGUAGCUACUUUGAAGAAGCCGUGUAGUAGUUUAAGAAAUUAUUACGAGAAAAAAAUAAACUAGCCGAAUAACGAGUGCGCGCGAAUGAGUGCGAACAGCGUAGCCUUCCCCAAAGUUAUGUUUUGUGUGUGUUUUCUUUUAGUUUAAAACACACAAAAAUACGCGAACCCAGAGUGCGUUCAAUCCAAGCAACCUGGAAAAAAAAGCAAAACGAGCUGGCUUUCUUCUCGAAACCAUAGCAACCUCCCAAACUCCCCCACCCGGUUACAGAAAGUUAGGCUAACUUGAUUGUUGCAUUUAAAUUAUGGUCAACCCCCCCUCGCCCCACCCCUCUUGAGCCUGAUAUUUAUUUGAAACCAGCCGCCUUUGAUCUGAUCGCAACUCGCGCAUCAGAGCCAACUUUGAUAAGUACUCGUAGUUUUGUAGCUGACCAACACUGAUACAAAACCAAAAAAACUAAACGGACAUGUACAUUAUUUGUCAUUAUCUACUGAUACUACUACUUCUACUACUCUCUAUUCGCUGUUACUUUGUUACUUUUGUUAAUGUUUUUCUAAAGGAAAAAAUCAGAUAGGAGAGAUACUUAAAAAAUGUAGCAGCUACUUUGAACUGAUGGAUCAAUUUUUGCCUGAUGGUUUUUCCUAUGUUUGCGCCCGGUGGGUUUAUUGGUUUGCCAAACAAUCGAAGAGGGCUUAACGUAACAUACACACAAACAUCAACACUCACACACACACGAGAGCAUAAGCAGCAGCUUCCGGUUCCCCUUUCGGUACUGUGUAUUAUAUCAACUGUUAUAAUGACGCACAAGCGGAAAAAAUGCGGCUAAUGCUUCUAAAAGAUCUUAUCGAAUCGACGAACAGACGUUGACAGACAAACAAAAAACAACUGACAAGCGACACGAUUUUAAUCACAACAAAUGCCAUGCAUGUGUUCAGAACGAUAUUCCCCCAUAUAUAUAAAUGUAAUGCGACGAGAAUGAAAAAAAAACAUACAAACAAACAAACAACCAAACUUACAACAACUUACAAACGGAACAGGGUCAGAACAAAACAACAACCAAGUUGGCCACGCCCAAUUUCCGAAACGGAUACGCCCCUGGCAAAAGAAAACAAAAGUCAAGAGAAAAGAAAAACAAAGCAAGCCCACCGUCAGCGCGCAACCAAAACAAAAAACCUAUGAAAAUGAACGAAAAUCAAACACGCCUACUAGGUUCCUUCUCUCUUCGUAUCAACAUGUGGUCUUCAUCUUGUCAUUACUAUUAAACAACAAAAAAAAACAACAAAAACUUAUUAUUACUUGUUAUAUGUAGGUAAACUCAAUUAAGAUCACCGCGCAUCAUCCGAUUAAACUCGACAAAGAAUACAACACUGAUCUCCAGCCUUAUUUUCUCUCAAACUUCUCGAGAAAUCCUCCUGUCCCCCGACUUCCCUUCCCUUCCCAUCUCUAACCGCCUAACCCCCUUGGAAGCAAACCAAAACAAAAUGGAAGAAAAACAAAAGAAAACUCUUACAGUUAGGUUCGAACUAAUAUUUCAAGUGAGUUUAGUGCUAAAUAUAGUGACCUACCUUAGUAUAUGACAAACAAACAAAAAAACAAGAACAAAAAAACAAACAAAUGUUAUUUAUUUUAAAUAGUUGUUGAAACCAAUGAAAAACAAAAUAAACAAGAACAGACAAAAGAAAACACAAAACAGUUUUAUUUCUUAUUAAUUGUUUACUUGAUUCUCACGAUUGACAGAAAAACGUUUGAUAAUAUUUCACAACAAAACAAAAACAAAUAUGAUAAAACUGACAGAUUGGAAAACCAAACACAAGCAAAACCAGCAAAACAACACUGAGAGAAAGAGUAUUAAACUUUUAAUUUAAUGAAAAUAAACAAAGCAGAAGAAUGGAACCCAUGGAAGUAAAAAGUAAAUUUAAAAGUAACUAAAAAGCCUUGAAAUUCAUUCUAUCAAUGUUAUUUCAGUGAAAAAAGGAAAAAAAAUGAUGCAAAAAAAAACCAAACCAGAGAAAACAUAAAAUUGUAUAGCAAAUAGUCAUUAAAGUAAAGAGAUUAAAAAUCACGAGAAAACAAAAAAAAAGUGGUGAAAAAUAAAAUCGAGAGAACAGGAAAACAAUACACAAACCCCCCGCACCCCAAAAAACGCACGGACGUUCGUGGCGACCCCCCGGAAGCGGAAGAAGCAGAAGCCGGCAGAAGCGCAAAUGUUCUCCACCACCCCGCCCUGUUCCUGUGCGUCUCUCUCACUCGAGAUGAACAGCAGUAAGCAGCAGAAGCAGAAGCAGAAAAGGAAGAAGAAGAAAAAGAAGAUAAAGUGCAGCUGCUGCAGGAAAAAAAAUGAAAAAGAAAAGGAACACUAACUAGUUUUCGAACCAUUUCAUUUCCUUUUAAAAAGAGCAAACCAAAAGAGCAAAAAAAGAACAAUUAAAAAGAGAAAAGAAAAAAUCGAACUAGGAAAAGAAUUUUGAUUUUAUUGUACAUUGUUAUUAAUUAUUGAAUUAAAUCAUAGAUAUAUUACAUAAAAAAGAGAAAAAAGUGAAAAUACAAAAAAAAAA